CUUCUCUCUAUGUUCUCCUCGGUUAGGUCACCAAGAGCCCUAAUUUCCCUGGGCAGGAUCCAUGGCGCCCUGGCAGCUGCCGCUGCUACCGAUCCUCUCGAUGCUGCUGCUCCUGGCAGCGCGAUCUGCGAGCUCACGGCCUCUGGAGGAGCAGGAGGAGGCGGAUGCCGCGGUGGAGCUCACCAAGAACAGCUUCAAUCAAACGCUCUGGGCGGCUCCGGCCACUUUCGCGCUCGUGGAGUUCUACGCUCACUGGUGCCCGGUGUGUAGGAUUUAUAAGCCUCAAUACAGCAAAGUCGCGAAGCUCUUCAAUGGAAGAACUGCUGUUCAUCCCGGAGAGGUUUUCAUGGGCAAGGUCGACUGCGCAGAGGAUGCCAACACUCCCAUUUGCAGGAGAUUUCAAGUGGAUCACUAUCCUUCUCUGUACUGGGGUCAUCCCGGAAAGCUUGCCUGGGAGAGCUUCGACCCAAAGGAUUCGAAGGCUAGCAGUGGAAUAGAGCUGAUACCAAAAACUCCAAGAACAGCCGAGGCGUUACUAGCUUGGAUCAACGAGCGCAUAGGAAAAUCUUAUACGCUGAAUGACGAAGCUCGGGAGACUACACGUGCGAGUAUAGUCGAGCAGAUCCAGGUAGCAAAGCCGAUGAUGUCCCUCUACGAUAUUGAGGAGUCGACAGCGCUUUCAUACAAGUUUAUCUUACAAAGCGAAAUGCUGAAUGCAAAAACUCGUGCAUCUUUUUUACAUUUUUUGCAGCUUCUUGCCGUCCACCAUCCGUCAAAAAGGUGUCGUGAGGGGAGUGCAAACAUUCUAGUCCAUUUUGAAGACAUUUGGCUUGCUGGCGAAAAUGCAAAGCCAAAUGGCGACUUGCUAAUGCGUUUACAGAUUUGUGGCGAAAGAACAAGCACCGAUGAGUGGAUAACAUGCCGUGGGAGCAAAAACUAUACUCGCGGCUACAGCUGUGGACUCUGGCUUUUGUUUCAUGCAUUGUCUGUCCGUGUAGAAGAUUCGGAGAGCAAAACAGCCAUACAAACUAUUCGUGAUUUUAUAGCAAGUUUUUUCAACUGUGAAGAUUGUCGCGACCAUUUCUUGACGAUGAGCACGAGUGCUGCCGAUUCUAUCAACUCGCGGCGCGAUCUGGUACUUUGGUUCUGGCGCGCACACAACCAGGUUAACAAAAGAGUUGGAGACGCAGAAGCAGAGUCCAAGACUGGCGAUCCCAAGUUCCCAAAGCAGCAGUGGCCUCCGAAAGAACUCUGUACAGCAUGCAAGAAAGACGGGGAUCAAUGGGACGAAUCUGCCGUGUAUACAUUCCUGACGGAGCUCUACGGACGAGCUCUCGUAUCAAUACCGGAGGAAAAGCUCGACGCAGCGUUGCGAAAGUCAUCCAAAGCCGAAGUGGCGGUACCGGACGAGAGCUCCAGCACCAGCCGUGUAGCAGUACCAAUCGGAGCAGCUUUCGGGAUCGGGAUGGCGAGCUGCGGCUUUGGAAUUGUGGCUUGCUUUUGGAGAAUGCAGCAAAAGAGAAAAAAGCUUUUGCGGAGGCGAGUGUGAAGUUGUGGAUCUCGAAUUUAGAGGUAUAUAUUACCCAUUCUUUCUUUUUUGAGGCAAGGGAAAGCAGUGGUGACUAAUUCUUAUCAUGUAUUCUACUUAUAUACUUGAAUGGAAAUUUUACCGAGCUCGGACGACAAGGUCCAAGCGGAAGCAGCAA